AUCAAAAGUAUUCAAGAGUUUUUGUAACAACAAAAAAUAUUAAAAAUAUAUGGUGAAAAAUGUCAUAUAAAUUAAGAAAAUUAUUGGUUUUAUUUGUGAUUUUACAAAUAUUGGGACAAUUUAUUGAAGUUGAAUGCAGACGAAAUGCUAACAGUGGAAAGGGAAAAGGAAAAGGAAAAGCAUUUGGAGCCGGCAUUUUAGCUGGUGGUUUAGCUGGAGCUGCUAUGGGACAUAUUUUAACACGCAAUAACAAUCCCACUGAAAUUCAUCACCAUCAUCAUGUAGUUGAUCCUAAUGCUGCAGCUGCCGCUCCCAUUCCUGCACCCAUACCCAAUCCUGUUCCCCAGCCCAGACCUUCGACCAUUAUUGAGAGGGGUGAAACUUUACCAAAUGGUUGUUAUAAACAAAUUGUUAAAGAACCCGAUAGUUAUGAUGCUACAAGAUUUAUCGAAACGGAACAAUUGAUAUGUCCACAAAAUGUACCGGCACCGGUGCCACCAACAUAUGUGCAACAAGUGCCUGUUGUGCCAGUACAACAACCUCAACCGAUAGUGCCAGCUGUACCUAUGGUACCAGUACCUACUUAUGUACAACCUGCAGCACCACCAACAGAUGUUAAUUCUAAUCCUCAAACUGACGAAAAUCCUGGUAGUUUACCAACAAAUCCUGAACCAGUUCAUAAUGCACCCUUAGCACCCCUGCAGCCUAAUCCCCAAUCUAAUCCUGAACAACCUGCCAAUAUGGUUCCAGCAUUGCCAAUAGUGCCUAUUGCUGCCAAUCAUUUGCCACAACCAGCUAUAGUCCAUCCUGUGCAACCAGCGGCUCCAGCUGAUUCGGGACCCCCACAGGUUAUAGUGUUGUCCAAAAAGACCGGUUUUUAUGAAGAUGAUAAGAAAAAGAAUGCGGGAAAUACUUUAUUAGCAAACAAUAUUGGUUUUCUAUUAUUGGCAGUACUUGUACUUCUGAACUUGUUUUAUUGAAGAUUUA